CCCAUCAAAUCCACCCAGGGGUGAAUAGCAAUUUCGCGUUCCGCACAUAUAACUGGAUUUGGCAUGCUAGACAGCAUGAGGCGCAAAAAAGGGAUGACGCGAGCCAAUGCAGGCAGUAGAUGAUUCACAUCUGAUGCCUUCAAGUAGAACUUAAACAGGCCCGCUCCUUCACUUUCAAGACAUCCGUAAGCUCCCUUCUUCGGUUGUACAAACUUCGUUACUGUUCUAUUGAGGAACCUUCCAAUCUUUUGUUUGCAUCGUGUCCAUUCGCCCAUCAUGAAUAUCGGGUCUAUGCUGUUCCUAUGUUUUGCAUUCACAGCAGAUGCAUUUGCUGUGCGGCGUAGUGCAAAUGAUUGGUCUGCGCCGAAUGUCGCUGAUCGCCGCAGCCCGUGCCCCAUGGUUAACGCUCUGGCCAACCAUGGGUAUCUCCCUCGCAAUGGGUUGAAUGUCUCUCUUGCAGACCUCAUUACUGGUUUUACAGCUGCCGUGAAUUUGGAUCCCGCUGCAACCACCCUGGUUGGACAAAAAGCCCUUCUCACUUCUACUACUGGAAAUAACGCGACAUUCAACUUGGACGAUCUCAACACCCACGGGAUUAUCGAGCAUGACGGGAGUUUAAGUCGCAACGACAUCUAUUUUGGCGACAACCACUCGUUCAACCUGACUAUUUGGGAGUCUGUGGCGUCUGACUUUACUGAUUCAACUAUCUCGAUUCCAACAGCCGCGAAAGCCAGAGUAGCACGUCUUCAAGCCGCUGCCGCUGCCAACCCGAAAUUCAAUCUUACAGCCGAUGGUACUCAAUUCAGCUUCAUCGAGACUGCUCUCUAUCUGUCUGUAUUUGGCAACUUGGACGACGGCAAUGCCAGGACAGAAUGGGUUAGAGUGCUUUUUGAGAAAGAACGUCUUCCCUUCGAAGAAGGUUUUUCUAGGUCGGCUUCACCAAUUACUGCGGCGGGCAUUCUUGGCUUGGUAAACAAGGUUGCGGCCGCAAGUAUUUAGCAUGUUUGGUCUAUGGAGUUUAUUCUUGUUUCUUCAAAUAAAGGCAGUGUUAACGGACUUACAUCAGUCUGGCUCUCGUAUAAAGCACACCUUGAAAUUAUUAGAAUGAAGCCUGCUGGACAAGACUUGACAGGAUCUAUACCCAAGUACAAGGAUAAUUUGUUUCUAUAAGGGAAGUGUCUACCUAAUAUUGUUCAAGUCUGCAACUUUAACAAAUCUUUAUCUGCCAUGAGUUUAGGGAGAUCUUAUGCAAGCUACUUCAGACAAAUACAGAAUCAAAGUUUACAUCUAGAGUACAGCACAUUGCUGGACAAUGAUUACGGGCGUAAAUCAUAGUAUUGUAACAUACUGUAGACUUAUUUCAGAGCAAUGCAGUCAAAACUAUACACACAAAG